AUGCACGCGCACGUGGUUCCAGUGCAGGUCUGCGACAUGGACUUAACCGAGCGAGGGGUGGCUUCCGAUGCACACCUCAACUGGAAGGCAGAAACUAGAGCUGUGCGUGGGAGGAGGGAGGAGAGAGCAGGCACGCGAGCAGCAGCAGGUGGGCGUGGUGCAGCGCCCAUGGCGGCCACAGCCUUGGAGUAUGCAGUGAGUGCAGACGAGGCCGUGCGCCUGGCAUGGCGGCUGCACACACAGAGGGCGCCGGGGUGCGUGCUGGAGAGUGGUGGUGGUUGGAGUGAGGAGAGUGGUGGUGGUUGGAGUGAGGAGAGUGGUGGUGGUUGGAGUGAGGAGAGUGGUGGUGGAUGGAGUGAGGAGGGUGGUGGUGGAUGGAGUGAGGAGAGUGGUGGUGGUUGGAGUAAGGAGAGUGGUGGUGGAUGGAGUGAGGAGAGUGGUGGUGGUUGGAGUGAGGAGAGUGGUGGUGGAUGGAGUGAGGAGAGUGGUGGUGGUUGGAGUGAGGAGAGUGGUGGUGGAUGGAGUGAGGAGAGUGGUGGUGGUUGGAGUGAGGAGAGUGGUGGUGGUUGGAGUGAGGAGAGUGGUGGUGGUUGGAGUGAGGAGAGUGGUGGUGGUUGGAGUGAGGAGAGUGGUGGUGGAUGGAGUGAGGAGAGUGGUGGUGGUUGGAGUGAGGAGAGUGGUGGUGGUUGGAGUGACGAGAGUGGUGGUGGUUGGAGUGAGGAGAGCGGUGGUGGUUGGAGUGAGGAGAGUGGUGGUGGUUGGAGUGAGGAGAGUGGUGGUGGUUGGAGUGAGGAGAGUGGUGGUGGAUGGAGUGAGGAGAGUGGUGGUGGUUGGAGUGAGGAGAGUGGUGGUGGUUGGAGUGAGGAGAGUGGUGGUGGUUGGAGUGAGGAGAGUGGUGGUGGUUGGAGUGAGGAGAGUGGUGGUGGAUGGAGUGAGGAGAGUGGUGGUGGUUGGAGUGAGGAGAGUGGUGGUGGUUGGAGUGAGGAGAGUGGUGGUGGUUGGAGUGAGGAGAGCGGUGGUGGUUGGAGUGAGGAGAGUGGUGGUGGUUGGAGUGAGGAGAGUGGUGGUGGUUGGAGUGAGGAGAGUGGUGGUGGUUGGAGUGAGGAGAGUGGUGGUGGUUGGAGUGAGGAGAGUGGUGGUGGAUGGAGUGAGGAGAGUGGUGGUGGUUGGAGUGAGGAGAGUGGUGGUGGUUGGAGUGAGGAGAGUGGUGGUGGUUGGAGUGAGGAGAGUGGUGGUGGAUGGAGUGAGGAGAGUGGUGGUGGAUGGAGUGAGGAGAGUGGUGGUGGAUGGAGUGAGGAGAGUGGUGGUGGUUGGAGUGAGGAGAGUGGUGGUGGUUGGAGUGAGGAGAGUGGUGGUGGUUGGAGUGAGGAGAGUGGUGGUGGUUGGAGUGAGGAGAGUGGUGGUGGAUGGAGUGAGGAGAGUGGUGGUGGUUGGAGUGAGGAGAGUGGUGGUGGUUGGAGUGAGGAGAGUGGUGGUGGAUGGAGUGAGGAGAGUGGUGGUGGAUGGAGUGAGGAGAGUGGUGGUGGAUGGAGUGAGGAGAGUGGUGGUGGAUGGAGUGAGGAGAGUGGUGGUGGUUGGAGUGAGGAGAGUGGUGGUGGUUGGAGUGAGGAGAGUGGUGGUGGAUGGAGUGAGGAGAGUGGUGGUGGUUGGAGUGAGGAGAGUGGUGGUGGAUGGAGUGAGGAGAGUGGUGGUGGUUGGAGUGAGGAGAGUGGUGGUGGUUGGAGUGAGGAGAGUGGUGGUGGUUGGAGUGAGGAGAGUGGUGGUGGAUGGAGUGAGGAGAGUGGUGGUGGUUGGAGUGAGGAGAGUGGUGGUGGUUGGAGUGAGGAGAGUGGUGGUGGAUGGAGUGAGGAGAGUGGUGGUGGAUGGAGUGAGGAGAGUGGUGGUGGAUGGAGUGAGGAGAGUGGUGGUGGAUGGAGUGAGGAGAGUGGUGGUGGUUGGAGUGAGGAGAGUGGUGGUGGUUGGAGUGAGGAGAGUGGUGGUGGAUGGAGUGAGGAGAGUGGUGGUGGUUGGAGUGAGGAGAGUGGUGGUGGAUGGAGUGAGGAGAGUGGUGGUGGUUGGAGUGAGGAGAGUGGUGGUGGUUGGAAUGAGGAGAGUGGUGGUGGUUGGAGUGAGGAGAGUGGUGGUGGUUGGAGUGAGGAGAGUGGUGGUGGUUGGAGUGAGGAGAGUGGUGGUGGAUGGAGUGAGGAGAGUGGUGGUGGAUGGAGUGAGGAGAGUGGUGGUGGUUGGAGUGAGGAGAGUGGUGGUGGAUGGAGUGAGGAGAGUGGUGGUGGAUGGAGUGAGGAGAGUGGUGGUGGAUGGAGUGAGGAGAGUGGUGGUGGUUGGAAUGAGGAGAGUGGUGGUGGAUGGAGUGAGGAGAGUGGUGGUGGUUGGAGUGAGGAGAGUGGUGGUGGUUGGAGUGAGGAGAGUGGUGGUGGUUGGAGUGAGGAGAGUGGUGGUGGAUGGAGUGAGGAGAGUGAAGCGGGGGGAGAGGAAGGGGAGGGGGCGUGGUGCUGA